CCAAUUUAAAAUUUUAGAUUUAGGGUUCCUCUUUCUCGAUCCUCAGUUCCUCUCCUCUGCGACUGCGUCUGUGAGCUGCGACUGCGAACUGUGCGACUGUUCCUCUUCGGCUCUUCCUCAGCUCUGUGCGACUGCGACUGCGACUGCUGCCUUCUUCCUCAGAUCAGUCACUGGCUUUUGCAUUCUUUUGGGGGAUUCUAUCAUUGGUUGGAAGGCUAAGAAGCAACCAGUUGUCUCCCUUUCUUCUGCUGAGGCUGAGUACCGAGCUAUUAGUAAGAAUCUUCUCCAAAGAUGGCUGCAUCUUCUUCUCGGCUGGUUCGUGUAGUGGGUCGUUCAUUGUUCAGUGGCCUCUGCAACUAUCCUGAUGGUUUAAUAAGAUCAACACACGAGAUGACGUUCUAUCAUUUGUUACAGCAACAAAGGACCUUCAUACAGAUGAGAACGAAUCUGAAAGUGGUAGACAAUUCCGGUGCAAAGAGAGUGAUGUGCAUCCAAGCACUAAAGGGCAAGAAAGGAGCAAGAUUAGGAGACACAAUAGUUUGCUCGGUGAAGGAAGCUCAGCCAGGAGGGAAAGUGAAGAAAGGAGAUGUUCAUUAUGGUGUUGUCGUUCGUGCUGCUAUGCCAAGGGGCCGCUGUGAUGGGAGCGAAGUAAAGUUUGACGACAAUGCUGUGGUGCUUAUCAACAAGCAUGGUGAACCGAUUGGAACCAGAGUUUUUGGUCCAGUGCCCCAUGAGUUGAGGAAAAAGAAGCAUGUUAAGAUUCUUAGUCUCGCAGAGCAUAUUGCCUAAGGUCUUAACCUCUUUCCCCAGUUUUGGUCUGGAGUAUGAUCUGCAUCCAGUGUUCAAGGCACAGAAUCCAUAAACUGACUUGAAAUAGAGACAUCGCUAACACAAUUAGUGACUUUCUCCAUUUUCAUCCUAUUGGAACUUAAAUUAAUACUAGUAUAUGCUUUCAGAAUAUCCAUAAGUUAUAAUUUAUAAAGCUAUAAAUACUUUCAGAUAUAAUUAACUUCCAAAGCAUUCAUUCAUUUGUUUACGUCUUCA